UAACUGCAUCAGCAGAGGGCGCAGUGUGGUCACGUGACAUUCGCAGGGCGCAUGUAGCUGUAGAGAGGAAGACUGCUUCUGAAGUUUCCGAAUGCACUACAUGUUGACAAAAAUGCAGACUAUUAAAAGUUAAUUGAGGAAGGAACUUGGAGGUCUUGUUGGAUUGCUCCAGGUUCCCAUUAUCAUGGCCAAGUCCAAGAAAGGUGGUAUUGACAGCCCCACUGAUCCCUCUAAGAAAGGUAAGAAGCCCAAAUCUCUUGGUGUUUCUCCAAAGGCUGGUAAACAACAGACGACUUCAAGCAGCAAGAAUCCCACAGGGCCUGUAUUUCAAUUACUCACUGGUCAGGCAUCCAUCAAUACCCAAGCUGAAAACAUUAUCUCAACAAAUCAUGCCUCUUUACAGCAAGACAAACAUGCAGAACAGAGUUCUGAUAACGGUACUGCCUCGGAGAGCACCUCCACCUUGUCUUUUCCUGCAGUCAGACACAAAGAUGAUGGCUCGGGUCUGCUUGUCCAGAGAGAGUCAGAGGAGACUACAGGGCAGUUUACAGCUGUGCGUCCUGCUCCACCACGUUUGGCCUGGAAAACAAUGGUUAGACCAGCACCUGCUUCAGCUGCUCUAAAGAUUGUAAACAGCGAGAACAGUACUCGUGAGAGAGAGUCCUCAACCACACAGCAGCUCAUGUUACAACAGGGACUCAAAGAUUCAGCACAAACUGCGUCCAAGAAGAAGAAAAGAAAAAUGGGGCUGUAUAGCUUUGUCCCUAAAAAGAAAGCAAAACUUUCUAAGAAACCAAAUGAACUGUUAUCUCCCUCAAAUGCACAGGAAGUCUCACAUAAACCCAAAAGUGGUCAGAUGUCCAUUGAGGAGGCUUUUAAACACAGAAUAAGUCCACUGAAGCAAAUCGCAAAGCCGGAGAGUGAAAAUGCAACAGAACCACCCAAGAACAAGGAAACUGCGGAUGUUCAGAAAGACAACGCUGAGGAAUACACAGAGCUCCCACUGUACGCUCUGGCUCAGGAUAGCAUAUUCACAGCCGUCCCCACAGGUUUACCGGAGGAUAAGGAGAACAUGGAGGCUGAUGACAUCUUGGAACCUCCGCUGUGUAGCUGUCGCAUGGAGACGCCUAAGAACCAGGAUGUGGUGACCCUGGCAGAGGGCAAAUGUAUGGCUGUGGAGAGCGUUGAUGGAAAGUUAAGUUUAUGUCGGAAGGUGAUUCUGAAGCAGGAAAUGAUGCGUCCAUCUCUGAGGAUUCCAUUGCUUGUGUUGUGUGAAGACCACCGAGCUGGGAUGGUGAAACACCAGAGCUGCCCAGGCUGUGGAUUCUUCUGCAGGGCUGGGACAUUUAUGGAAUGUCAGCCAGAUGGGAACAUCUCUCACCGGUUUCAUCGGAGCUGUGGCUCUCUGAUCAGAGGUCAACUCUACUGCCCUCACUGUGGCGAGGAAGCUAGUCAUGCCAAGGAAGUCACAAUCCCCAAACCUGACCCUGUCACUACAGUGCUAACAGCUGCUGUGCCCGCACACAAGACCAACACUUCUGUAAUGGAUAGGGCUAAGUUGGACUGUGCAAAUGGAGCAGCAGGCCUUGAUAAAGAGUCAUUGGAAACGGUUUUGAAUGCGCUGGAGGAUGGAAAGUUUAAGAAAUUUAAACUGCCCCCAAAGCAGCUUUAUUUCUCUGCUAAGAGAGGAGAGCUCCAGAGAGUCCUGCAUAUGCUGGUGGAAGGUGUGGACCCAAAUCUAAAGAUGGACACUGAAAAGAGGAAGACUCCCCUGCACUGUGCUGCUGAGGAGGGACAUAAGGACAUCUGCCAUGUACUGGUGCAGGCUGGUGCUAACCUGGACAUGUGCGAUGGGGAGCAGAAAACUCCUCUGAUGUACGCCUGUGAGAACAAUCAUCUAGAAACUGUGAAAUAUUUGCUAAAAGCCGGUGCUUCCACUGGGCAGAAGGAUAUAAGAGGCUCCACAUGUCUUCAUAUGGCUGCAAGAGGAGGACACACAGAUGUGCUGCGUUAUUUUCUUUCCACGUCGUCCAUAGAUGUCAACAGUAAGGACGAUGGUGGGUGGGCUCCUCUCACCUGGGCAACAGAGAACAUGCGCCUAGAGCAGGUGAAGCUGCUGGUGUCAGCAGGAGCUGAUGUCCACAUUAGAGAUAAGGAGGAGAACAUCUGUCUUCACUGGGCAGCGUUCUCUGGUUCGGAUGAGAUCGCUCAGCUGCUGCUGGAUAAGAGAUGUGACCUACACGCUGUGAACGUUCAUGGUGAUUCACCACUCCACAUCGCCGUCAGACAGAAUCAGCUGGACUGCGUAAUGCUGUUUUUGUCUCGAGGAGCAGAUGUAAAUCUGAAGAACAGGGAUGGUGAGACUCCUUUGGACUGCUGCAGCAUGAAUUCAAAGAUGUGGACAAUUCUAAACACCAAUAAGAAGUUAAUCGAUGCCAGGAGAGGCAGAGAUGGGCAGAAAGAAAAGCUCCUCUGCAGAGAUAUAUCCAGAGGCUAUGAGGAGGUCCCUGUGCCGUGUGUGAAUGGGGCGGACCACGAACCCUGCCCUAACAACUUCAAAUACGUUCCAGAAAACUGUUUCACUUCUCAAGUAAAUAUAGAUGAGAACAUAACGCACUUACAGCACUGUAGCUGUAAAGGUGACUGUGCCUCUAGCAGCUGUAUCUGCGGUCAGCUCAGCAUGCGCUGUUGGUAUGACAAGGACGGCCGCUUGCUGAGAGAUUUCUGCAGGGCUGAUCCACCCUUCUUGUUUGAGUGUAACCAUGCCUGUUCAUGUUGGAGAACAUGUAGGAAUAGAGUGAUACAGAAUGGGCUUAGGGUAAGACUGCAGGUGUUCAGGACUGAGAGGAUGGGUUGGGGAGUCCGAGCACUGCAGGAAAUUCCUGAAGGAACUUUCGUAUGCGAGUUUGCAGGUGAGAUCAUUUCAGAUGGAGAGGCUAAUGUUCGGGAUAAUGACUCGUACAUGUUCAACCUAGACAAUAAGGUCGGAGAGGUCUACUGUAUUGAUGCCCAAUUUUACGGUAAUGUUGGCAGGUUCAUAAAUCAUCUUUGCGAACCCAACCUGUUUCCAGUACGUGUGUUCACCAAGCACCAGGACCUUCGCUUUCCUCGAAUUGCGCUCUAUGCAAGCAAGCCUAUUCACGCUGGAGAUGAGUUAGGGUUUGACUAUGGUGAUCCCUACUGGCAAAUUAAGAAAAAGUACUUCAGUUGUCGUUGUGGCUCUGCAAAAUGUAGAUACUCCGAAACCAUUCUGAAGCAGAACCACGCCGGAUUCUCAGUCCAAUCACUUUGUGAUGAUCAGACCGCUGCUCCGGUGGAACACAUCCAGUCAGUUAACAAAGCUGCAGCAAUAAAUGAGGGCAAUCCUGAGCCCUGCUUCAUGCAUACAGACCUUCAACAAUGAACUAUCGACACUAUGCUCUAAGAAAAAAAUAUUGUGCAAGGAUAAAAAAUCAUGUAUUUUAUCACAGCUUUUGUAGCUAAUUCACAAUUAUUUGUUUUAUUAGGAUAAUAGUGAGGAUGCUUAAAAUGUACACCAGCAGACUAGGAUUUUAUAUUUUUGGAUAUUAAAUUUUAUACAGCUGGUAUUACAAGCAAAAUAUUUUUAAUCUGUCUCCCAUGAGAAAAAUUGAAAAGGAAAUAACAAGUGGACAAUUCUACAUUUUUUUUACUAAAGAGAGAUCAAGUCUGUU